UUGGCUCCAGCCUUUCACAGGCUCGUUCAUUUCUGCAGGUGGCUGUUGUCACCAGGGCUUGCGCCCACGCGCUUGAGCGCAUUGCAGGAUGAGCCGGCAACAAUCUUCGAUCAGGAGGAGACAUGCAGCGCAGCUCUUCAAGACAGACAUGUGCAAGUUCUUCCUGGAGGGUCGUUGUGAGAACGGCGACGCUUGCUCCUAUGCACAUGAGAUGACUGAGGUGAGAAGUAAACCAGAUCUCACCAGGACUAGCAUGUGUAGGAGAAUCAGCAACGAGGGAGUUUGCAAUGACGUGAGUUGCAGAUUCGCCCAUUCAGAGGAAGAGCUCCGAUCGACCUCUGGAUUUUUCAAGAUGAAGAUGUGCGUCUUCGCGCAGUCAGGCAAAUGCAAGCACGGCAACCGUUGCCGUUUUGCACACGCAGCGGACGAGCUGCAGCCGAGUGUGCGGCUACGCGAGGAGGAAGCCAUGAUGACCGCUAUUCAGGCGGUUGCGGAGAAGAAUAAUGGCAAGGAUCCGAACCUUGCCUGUCUUGGGACCCCGACACCCGACCAGGGCUCACAGGGCACCACUGGCAGCACCAUCACUGCCACUGGCUGCGGCAGCAUCAGCGGCCAGUCCAGCAACGAGCAUAGUGCGGAGGACUCUCGGGGUGCCCGCCCCCGCAACUCAAUGGCUCGCUCUGCCUGGAACGAACGGAUGGAGAGGAACGAGAACUCGGACGGGAGCUCCUGGGCCUCGGGGAACUCCUCGGUGACGGUGGUGCCCAGGAGCGAGCACACCGGAACUGGCUCGCCACCAGCAACCAGUGACAGUAGCAGCAGUGGUGCAGGUGGCAACGGGGAAAGUACAGCCGAUGGCUCUACUGGCAACAGCACCCGGAAUAGUGCCAGCACCGAGAACGCAAAGUCUGCUCGCAGACAUGUGAGGACCUCCAGCGGCGAGCAGAAUGGGACGCAAAAGGUAACUACUCUGCUGAUCAACAAUGUGCCGAUGUAUCUGACACAAGGAGCACUGCUCUCCAUGUUCGAGGACCUCACAACCGCGAUGAGGGGGAAGUUUGACUUCUUCUAUUGCCCGUGGGAUCACAAGGCCGGGCACAACUACGGCUAUGCGAUCAUCAACUUCACAGAUGCAGAGCAUGCAGCUGAGUUCCAGCACCAGUGGGCCAGCAAGGACCUCUUUCGCUCUGGGCGCGGCCAGAAGGUGCUGAAAGUGGUCAAGGCGACUGUGCAGGGUCUUCAAGCCAACCUUGCCUACUUCCGGAAGAAAGACUUCGGCAGGCAAUGUCCGGACGUCCGUUUUCGACCUCUUUGUCGGGACACUGAAGGCAACUUGAAGCCCUUGGAGCUGGACAGGUCCCUGUUAGAACCUCCAGAUCUCGACACCGGGCAGCCUGGAAAUCGGAGCGCGACACAAGGUCCGCGAGCGACGGGUUCACCAGGAAACGCCAGCGAGAGCAAGUCAACCUCAGGUGCCUCGAGGUCCGAACGUGAGCGCCAAGAGCAGCAUGACCGCCGCCGCGGGACGAAACUCCGGCGGGAGACCGAGGUGCUGGAGAAGGCGCCAGAGGUUCCGAUGUCGGAGAAGUUCCCCUUGCGUGCGCUGCAGCAGCCGCUCCCGCCACAGCCGCUCCCGCCUGGCGUGCAGCCGCAGGAGCUCAGGCAGCUUGCGCUGCAGCAGCAGCAGCAGCAGCUUUUGCAAGUCAUGAAGGAGGAGGAGAACCGGCGCAAGCAGUUCGAGGCGCGGCGGCCGCCGUCGACCGGCGCGACCGAGGGAUCGAUGGUUCAAGAAGUAAGGCAGCAGCUCACAAAUCAGCAGCUUCAGUUGAUGGCAAUGCAGAUGCAAGUCCAAUCUUUGCAGCAGGUGACAGGAAUGAGCUCGGGCAUUGCACCUGAUGCAUCUUUUGGGCAGGCUAGCAGAUCCAACGUCGUAGGGCAGUUCCUGGUAUCGCCGGUGCCAACAGAAGCCAGGGACUGCGGGCAGAUGGCUGUUCACCUGGCCAACCAGGUGAAUCCUAUGAUGGAGUUGGGCCAGGCGCAGGCGCUGGCUUUCGAUGGAUCCCAUGAGGGCAGAUCAGGUUUGUGCUCCGGCGCCAUGGGCAAUUCGGUUCAAAUGGUGCCCUACAUGAUGCUUCCACUUCAGGCCAUGCAGAUGGGCGACGGGUAUGGUCCAGGUCCAGCGAACGGCACGUGGAUCGUUGAUGAGGUCUACACUGAUUGAAUUCAAGCCCACACUGGAAAGGUGAGCGAGCACUCCAGGUGCAACCGACAUAAGAUACCGCCCCCCCUGCACUCCGCCCCUACGAUUUGUGCGUGUCAGUG